GGUUCGAUGGCUUUGUAGUAUGCAUAGAACAUUAGGGUGCUGGGCUUCUCUUUGAUGGUGAGGUACCCUGAUGCCGUUGGAGGGCCUCUUUGCGAAAUACUUCUUCUGCCACAUUUGUGACCAAUGCUGCAAUUAGCAGGGCAACUGUGCUCAAAACUGUUCUGCUUAUCUUCUUCAUCAUUGUGGACUAACCUAAUAAGGAUACGAUGAAGUUUGGUCUUCAUGAGUGUGGAUGCCAUUUAACAGGGACGCGUCUAUUCUGGCUCCAAAACUGCAGUAUUGACUAGUCGCGCGUUUUACACCGUCGAUUUUGCAAUUAACGACUGCAAAGCCCGGCACCCCAAUGUUCUAUGCAUACUACAAAGCCAUUGAACCCGCACUCCAACUUUCAGACAGACCGAUUGUUUUGUGGCUUGAAGGGGGCCCCGGUUGCUCCGGGCUGAUUGGCAAUCUGUACGAAAUAGGUCCCUGGAGAGUUGCUCAAGAUCUCCGGCUGCACAAAAAUUCGGCCCCAUGGAACCGUGUUUUUGGCCUCCUCUUUCUUGACAACCCCAUCGGAAGUGGCUUCAGCGUUGCCCCUACCGACCAACAUAUUCCGAGCAAUCAGGAAGAAAUCGCCAAGGAUUUGUACAGCGCACUGCAAGCAUUCUAUGAUCUCAAUCCUCUGUUCAAACUCCGGCCUUUCUUUGCCACGGGCGAGAGCUACGCAGGAAAAUACGUGCCCUCGCUAGCGUAUUACAUGAUUCAGCAGGUGGAGAAAGGGGGAUCCUUACGAAUUGAUGGCGCUGCCAUCGGCAAUGGAUUGACGCACCCUGUUGUCCAGGUACAGUCUCAUGCGAGGGUGGCUUACGCCAUGGGAUUGAUCGACUCCGAACAGAAGCUUUACCUCGAAAGCUUACAGCAAGAGGCCGUCAUGCUGACCACUCAGCAGAAAUGGGACGAUGCCCGAAUUGCAAGAAGUAACGCCCUUAACUGGCUGCAAAACACAGCAGGCCUUGCAAACCUUUUCGACAUAAUGCGGAUAGUUCCCUAUUACAGUUUGGAUAACAGCACCGACUUCCUCAGUCUCUUCGUUAGCCAGCUCGUUGUAAAAGAGGCUCUCAAUGCUCAUCCCACCGCCACCUGGGUGAGCUGCAGUAAAGCCAUGGGCGUGAGGAUGGGAGAGGACAUUAUGAAGAGCACCAAAUGGUUGGUGGAAAGCCUUCUCUUGAAAAUCCCGGUUUUGUUGUGUCAGGGGCAGUUCGAUCUCAUUGACGGCGUUGUGUCCUCACAAGACUGGAUGCGUACUCUGGAAUGGAAUGGCUUGGCUGACUGUUGGCGGGCGGAGAGAAAAAUGUGGCGAGUGGAAAACCUGCAGGCUGGAUAUGUGCGUUCUCAUUCAAAUCUGACGCAUGUUGUUGUAGCGAGAGCAGGGCAUCUUGUGCCUGCUGACCAAAAUCUCUAUUCUCGGGUGAUGAUUGAGUCGUGGGUAGCUAAAUCUCUUGCUCCUUCAGCAAUGCAGCAAUAGUCGAAUUUCUUUUUCUCUUUCUAUCCACAUCUUUAGAAUGAAUGAAAGAAAGGCUAUAAAUCAAAACAAUUUAUGGAAGCAACGUCAGCUGUGGCAAAAAAUUCCACACAAGCACAACCAGUUAACUGAAGGACUACCCUAUUUCAAAAGCAGUUUCAGGUUGAAACUUGAAAUCAUCUC